AUCGUUUUGUUCUUAAAAGUAUGCAUGCAAAGAAAGAAACAAAGAACAAAAUGGUUUCCAUAAGGUUUCGUAUCUUUGUCUUUGCAAUCAUAUUCAUGUUACUUAACGGUGUUGCAUAUUCUCUUCAAGAUGCUAAGAUGGUGAUGGUGGUUGGAGAUAAAUCUGCAGAAGAAGAAAGGCCCUUGUUGUCCAGACAAGAAAAGGGUACCCUCUAUGCAGUUUCUGCAAGUGUUGGAACAUUGGUAAAUGGAAUGAUAAAUGGUAGGAGAAUGCUGGUGAAGAUGGCGGAGGAACAACAUAUAAAUGGUGACGAGAUGGUGUCAAAGAAAGCUUCGUCUUCUUCAAGUGGAAACCCUAGAAAAGGUGGUCAUAAAAUGACCAAGAGAAGCAAGAAGAUAGAUCAUAAUGAUGAUGAUCAUCAUCAUGUCAAAAUGAGCUCGACUUUCAUGGCUCUUAAUUCUGAUUACCAUGUCCCAAGGUCUCAUCCACCCAAAAAUAACUGACUUCAUAUAGAUAGGGUUAAUGAUCGUAUACAUUCAAGAAAGGGGAGCAAUUUUGUAGUGCUAGUUUCUUUCUUUCUUUCUUAUACCUUUGCUCCAUCCUUUUAUUUGAUCUUGUUGGUAGGCUAUAUAUAGGUAAAACUUGUGGAAAUCUCAUAUAACUGUACGUUACCACACAUAUAUACUACUAGGAUUAAGACAGCUAAUAUUUUUGUUUAUAUAUAUCUAUUUAAUCAAUCAAUGUAUUAUUGAGGUUUUGGGUCAUUUUGGACACUUUGUACGUUAUGAUUAUCUUUUGCUGAUUAUUAUUUACUUCAGAUACUGAUAUUAUUUGUGAGUAACAUUAAAAGAGGUGCUAUCAAUCAAGAAACAUAGGUCAAAUUCUAUUUUUAUUUUCUUUUUGAAAAGAAGAGUCCUAUUAAAAACACUUCCCCUAUGUUUUUUAUAAGUUUUUUCUAAAAUGAAUCUUAAAUAAAACCUUAUGAUGAGCCGUCCACCACACAAACACACAACCAACACAAUAAAAUAAAAAAAUAAAAAAAAAAAU